CACUCUUCCUCUCUUUCUCUCCAUCCUCAUCGGCGAUCCUCACCAGCCACUGCCACCACCACUGCCAAAGCUCUUUGGCUCUCUCUAUCAAUCGAGCGCCACCCCGAUGAAGUAACCGCCGCCACCGCCACCCCGACGUCGUCUUCUUCCUCCAACAAUCAGAAGAAGUUGGAGGACGAUUUCGACGCGUUCACUGCUUUGAAAGCCGCCGAUCUGGCGAGGCCGCUGAGGGAGGCGCAGAUCCCCUACAAGAUCCACAUCGUGAAGGAUCACGACAUGAAGGAGAGGCUGUGCCUCGAGGUCGAGAGGCUCGGACUCAGUGCUGUCAUCAUGGGAAGCAGGGGAUUCGGCGCCGUUCAUCGCGGCAACGAUGACGGUAGGCUCGGCAGCGUCAGCGAUUACUGCGUCCACCGCUGCAUCUGUCCCGUCGUCAUCGUCUGCUAAUAUUUUUGUGUGAUUGAAGAUUGAACCGAACUGAGUGAGAGUGCAUAUUAUGGCAAAGGAUGCCAUUUAGAGCAUAUAGGUUUUUUUUAGUAAUCCUUCGUUUCAGUGUUGGGUAGAUCCAAUGUGUA